AUGUCUUUCGAGGAAGAAGAAAAAAAUAAGGUCACAUGCACGCAAGACUUUCUUCGUCAAUAUUUUGUAUCUGAAAGCGUUAGCAUUCAAUUUGGGUUAAAUAACAAGACUGUGAAAAGGAUAAAUGAGGAUGAAUUUGAUAAGGCAAUAAAUUGCAUUAUGGCAUGGACAAGAUAUCCUGAGGCAGUAGUAAAACGAACAGCUUCGACUUAUCUUUUAAGUGAUUCCUGCAAGAAAUCUACGACGCUAUCUCUCCCGUUUGUCUUAGACGAUGCAUUAUGUAUUCCGAAGGGAGUGGAAAGCAAUAAUAAUGAUACUAGUCUUUUGUACAGCGACACCUUAUACGGUGAUGAUUCUUUAAUACGGAGGAAUGAGCAAGUAAGGGAUGAACUAGAGGAAGAGUUAAGUUUCACAUUACUACGAAGUGAAGUAAAUGAAAUCAAACCCAUAUCUUCGUCCAGUACCCCACAAAUACUGCAAUCAGAUUAUUCUGCGGUGAUGCAAGAAACACAGGCUUCAAACGGAAGCAUAUUUCAGUUUAGUAGCCCCUAA